CAGAAAAACACACGAUAGGGACGUUAGAGUGAGGAACGAGCGGAACCACAAAUUUAGUAGAUUCUAGAGAGAGAAUGGGCCCGGAAUCUCUCUUCUUACACACCUGCAGCCAUGGCUUCUCUUCCUCCACUCCUUCUUCACACACACUCUCUCUCUAUACUCCAUAAACAUCUCUCAAGCCUUAGCAGAGGAGCUGCAUGGUCUAAAACUUUAAAGAAACCCUAGUUUCAAUAGGUCCCGGACAUUCAAUAAGCCCUAUUUCGCCCUGUAAAUGGAGGCGCUGUGCCCUAAAUUGGGGUUUAAGCACAGUCCUCUAUCUUUGCCUUUGAAGCCUACAUUUUCAGAGUUAGGCUCAUUUUGUUUUGGUAGGCCUAGGGUUGGUGUUAAUUCCUGUGGGAAUCGGUUUCGUAGUCUCCCCGUUAGAUCUGAAAGGAGAGAUUGUACAGAGACAGGCGAAUGUUGGGUGAAAUUUGCAAAGAGGAGUGCUUGCGCCCUAGCAGCUACCGCUGUUUUGGUGUUGCAGGGUGAUGUUUCAGCUUUUGCAGAGUCUGUCACUGUUGCUUUCCCUGUUUCGAGAGCUCGUGAGGUGAAUACUGUUCAAAGAACUCUAGUUGAGGCUUGGGGUGUGAUUCGUGAAACAUUUUUUGAUCCAACUUUUAAUCAUCAAGACUGGGACUUGAAACUGCAGCAGACCAUGACUGAAAUGUUCCCAUUGAAGUCUGCUGAUGCAGCAUAUAACAAAAUUAGCAGCAUGCUGGCGACUCUUGGCGAUCCCUUCACCCGGAUUAUCAGUCCAAAGGAAUACCAAAGCUUUAGGAUUGGAAGUGAUGGCAAUUUGCAGGGAGUUGGUCUCUUCAUUAGCAUUGAUCCUAACUCUGGGCACUUGGUUAUUCUGUCGAGUAUAGAGGGAAGCCCGGCAGCUGAUGCAGGCAUACAUGAAGGAGAAGAGCUUAUUGAAAUUGAUGGUGAGAAGCUUGAUGGACUUGAUGGUGAGGCAGCGGCUCAAAAGCUUCGAGGACCCGUUGGAACUUCAGUUCGAGUAAAGCUACUUGAUGGGAAGGAUGAUGCUGAUAAUCCAAGAGUUAGAGAGGUCAAACUAUCUCGUGGGGUUAUCAAGCUAUCUCCUAUCUCCAGUGCAAUCAUUCCUCAUACAGCCCCUGAUGGACAUCUCUCAAAGACUGGAUAUUUGAGGCUGUCUGCAUUCUCUCAGACUGCUGCCAGUGAUAUGGAAAAUGUCAUUCAUGACAUGGAAAAUCAAGGUGUACAGUCGUAUAUUUUAGAUCUGCGGAACAACCCGGGUGGCCUGGUGAAAGCUGGAUUAGAUGUUGCUGAAAUGUGGCUAGAUGGCAACGAAACUCUUGUUAACACUAUUGAUCGUGAUGGUAAUAUGUUGCCCAUUAAUAUGGCUAAUGGGCAUGCUUUGACACAUGAUCCACUUGUUGUGCUCGUCAAUGAGGGGAGUGCUAGUGCAAGUGAGAUUCUAGCAGGGGCAUUGCAUGAUAAUGGCCGUGCUAUCCUUGUUGGAAACAAGACCUUUGGCAAGGGAAAAAUUCAGAGUGUUACUGAGCUGCAUGAUGGGUCGGCACUAUUUGUUACAGUGGCAAAAUACCUAUCCCCAGCUUUGCAUGACAUCGAUAAGGUUGGGAUUGCACCUGAUGUACAAUGCACCCCAGACAUGCUCUCUUUUGGGAGCUCCUCGUACAUGAUUGGAGAGAAGAACACCAUUUCUUCUUUGGAAGCUGAUUCUUGCAUCAUGGUAGCAGAGCAUGAGUUGGACAUCCAGAAAUCAUCGAAGGGCACUGCUUCGUAAGAUGUUCUCUCACCCUUAACCAUUUCACAACCUGUGUAGUAUUAUUGUAUCAUCAUGUGUAUAUGUAUUUUUUCAGAGGCUUACGUGUUUAUGUAUUGAUUUAAUCUACUAAACAAGAUUCACAAAAAAGGAUGCAGUUCUUUAGAACGACUACUCUAUUUUAUGAAAUAUCAAGGAAUGGUUUGACACCAAAA